AUGAAAGUGGCGAAUAGUGGAUAAUCAAUCAUUCUGCAUCUCAAACACGCCAAGAAGACUGCUCCAUCACCCCUCUCACAACCAUGGAUUUGAGAACUGUGUUUAUUCUGACACUUGCUAUAGCGGCCACACGAGUGUUGGCUGGUGUUCAAGAGUGCCAUUCGUGUAACGGGGUAUCCAGCAAUUACUACUGUCGUCAAAACACCGUCACAUGUAACGCUGAUCAACAUUGUCAGACGGUGAUUGAGAAUGUUGGUGGUAGUCUUGAGACAACCAAGAAGUGCGUAGACAUUGACAUAUGUUCAUCAGAUCAGAGCGAUAACGAUGAGUACUGUGAAUUCGGCAUAGUCAAAGAUUCGUGUAGUUAUUGCUGUGAUGAAGAACUAUGCAAUGAUGAAUUGCCAUACUAUCACGAAGUUUAUGACGAUUGCAGUCCGUGGAGUUGCUGGUCAUCGUGUGAAGACUGUUCUCGUCGUAGGACCCGAACUUGCGACACUUCUUCCAAAAGUAAAAAAAGUAGCGGUGGCAGUAAUAAACAUAGCAGUGGCAGUAAAAGUGGCAGUAAAAGUGGAAGUGGAUCCGGUGAAACAGAAGAAGAGGAAGUCGAUGACUGUUGUUCCAAUACUUGUUACUCUUGUAGCUCAUUAGCUAUUGACCCUACUGAUAGUCUGCUUCAACUCGCUGAUGUCUUUCUAAACUGUGAAUCUGAAACAUGCGUAGACAACGAAAUGGUGUGCAAAACCGAAAUUAGUUACACGACUGGGGUUCCAGUUAUAACAAAAGGAUGUGCAACCCACGAUGAAUGCAGGAAUGCCGAAUCUGGUGACCAGUGUCCGGCAUUAGUGGAUGACGAUUCGGAAGCUAUUCUUGUCGCGCUUGACCUGAUAGAUGAAGACAUUGAUUGUAACUAUUGCUGUGACAAUGGAGAUGACGACAAUUCAGAAAUCUGCAAUUCAGGAAUUGUACCCCCUCCACAGUAUGACAUCAACCGUCCCUGCAGCGACGCAUCUUCCCAAGUUGGCAAUUUCCUAGCAACUUUUGCCAUGGCAGUGCUUGUCCGUCUCUUUGCAAUUUAAUGUAGGGCGGGUUUUUGCUAACUUUAAAGGCGUCUCCCCGCCUAGUGUUUUUCAUAUACAUUUGAGUCCAUGUAGGAAGCAACUACCGAUCGAAAUUACAUAAAUGAACCAAUCUAAAAUAUUUUGAUCAAAGCUUUUUAAUUGUUCCAUUUGUAACAUUUGUAAAUAGUUGUUUCUUUGAAUAUACGCUGUACUAUAUUUUUUGCACGAAAUGCUUAAGGUAUAUACUGCUACGUACUAGUAUUCCGGGCAUUAUAAAGCACAUGUUAAUUAUAGUUGGAACAGGAGCAAGAGUCCAAAUUUUACAUCAUAUCUGUGUGGUUAUAUUAAUUGUGAUGCUGAAAACACCAGUAAUUUAAAUAAAUUUGCUAUAUGCACGCUGUAUAAGUGUACUAAUUGAUUUAUAACUAACAUCGUAUACUGUAAAAUGACUAAUUUUCACUGGGUUUAAAUUUCAUUGAUUUACCAUUUCAGGCAUAUUCAGUGGGUUUUAAAUUCACGGUUUUAUCAUUUAGAUAAUGCGUUCUAUGCUAAAUUUUACAUAUUCACUGGGUUUUAAUUUAGCGCAUUUUCCAGUCAGCGAAAUAAGCUAAAUUAAAACCCAGUGAAUAAUUACCCCCUUUACAGUACUUGUUUGAAUAAUUUCCACCAAUCAGGUUUACUGGAUUAUAUGUGUGCGCAACUUGCAUUGCGCAGUACGUCAUACGCACAUAUCAACUCGCCCAAUCAGUUUGCAACGUCCAGUAAGAUUCCAGUUGGUGGUUUGUCGGAAUUUGUGAUUUUAAUUAAGACAUAUAUAUUGAUUUCUUAUAUUCUUAUAUGUAUAUAUUUCGAAAGAAGUGGGAUUAUUCUGUUACUAUGAAUGUAAAUAUAAUGUACAUAGAUGGCACGUAAUUAAAACAAUUUGCAUAUUACUGA